AUUUACAUGGUAGUCUGUGUUUAGUGAUGUGUGCAUAAGGUGCAAAAAUGUUGUUCUAUAUUUUGGGCGUUUUAUUCAGCAUUCUGAUUUAUCAGAAACUGAUAAAGCCUUGUAGGUACUGGGCAGAGAGGGGAAUUAAACACGCUAAGUGCUUUCCUGCGGUGGGGAGCUUCGGAAAAGUCCUUUUUAAGAAAGAAGCUUUCGUGGACGUUGCCCUGAAUUUAUACAACAAGUAUCCAGAGGAAAGAUACGUAGGAUACAUGCAAUUCAGGCAACAAUGCCUCUUGAUCCGGGACGUCGACUUAAUAAAACAGAUCACCGUCAAAGAUUUCCCUAACUUCACCGAUCACGCGUUUCUCGGCCAAGGCAUCGAAGGCGAUCCCUUAUUAAGCAAAAGUCUGAUUAGUUUAAGUGGAGACAAAUGGAAGAACAUGAGGGCGACGCUCAGCCCCGCGUUCACCAGCAGCAAAAUGCGCAACAUGUACUUCCUGAUGGAGGAGUGCGCGGAAAAUUUCGUCAACAACUUCGACGGGGAAAGCGAGCAGGAAAUGCGGGACGUUUUUUCACGAUUUGCGUGCAAUGUGAUAGCUUCGACCGCGUUCGGGAUCAAGAUCGACUGCUUGAAGGAGCCGAAAAAUGAGUUUUUUAAGAUGGGAGUGUUGUUGUCGGAUUUCACCUUUUGGCAGUCGAUCAAGUCGAUAUUUUUCCAGACGUUUCCAAAACUGGCCGAAUGCAUCAAUCUCCAAAUAUUUUCCCCUUCUGUGACGAAAUUCUUCCGCUCGAUCAUCAAAGACAACAUCCAAAAACGAGAAUCCGAAGGAAUCGCGCGCCCCGACCUAAUCCAGCUCCUGCUAGAAGCCCGCAAAGGCAAACUCAAGAGCGAAACCGCCAAAGAAGAAAAAAGGGAAGGUUUCGCCACCGCCGAAGAAGCCGAAGCCGACCCCAACGCCCAACACAUCGAACUCUCCGACGAACACAUAGUAGCCCAAGCAAUGCUCUUCUUCUUCGCUGGCUUCGACACCGUCUCCACCACCUCCAGCUUCAUGGCGCACGAACUAGCCGCCAAUCCCGACGUCCAGAAGAAGCUCCAACACGAAAUCGACAAUGUCAGACAGAGAUACGGAAGCAAAAUCCCGUACGAAGGGGUCCUCGGCAUGAAAUACCUCGACCAAGUGGUGUCUGAAACAUUGAGAAAGUGGCCGGCGGCUUUUGAAACGGAUCGUCUGUGUACGAGGGACUACUUGAUCCAGCCGAAGGGAGAGGAAGAAAAGGUGUUUUUGGUGAGGAAGGGGGUGGAUAUGGUGAUUCCCGUUAUGGCGGUACACAGAGACCCGCAGUUCUAUCCCGAACCAGAGCGGUUUGAUCCUGGAAGGUUCAGUGAUGAAAACAAAUCGAAGGUUAUUCCCGGGACGUAUCUGCCUUUUGGCUGGGGUCCAAGGAAUUGUAUUGGGUCGAGGUUUGCGCUUCUAGAAAUCAAAACUCUGUUUUAUCAUUUGCUCUCUAAGUUUGAAAUUGUGCCGGUUGCCAAGACCCAAAUACCUGUCAGGCUGAAUAAGAGCAGUUAUAAUCUUCAGCCGGAGGGAGGAUUUUGGCUGGGGUUCAAGCCCAGGGAAGAAAAAGUGGAAUGAUUACGAUUUUGAGCUUACCAUUGACGUAUUUUAAGUGCUAAUAAAUUUGGUGUUCUCUA